AUGGCAAUGGCCCAAGAAGCAUUUGCCUUAGAUUUUGAAAUGUCCAUAAGGACUAUGCAUCUAGACAAGGAGUUUGAAAAGACUCUUUCGGAUUCUGCUCGCCUUCUGGAUGGCGAGAGGGAUCGCGUACGGCGCAUGGAGCUCUUGAUCUCGAAAUUCGAGAAUGAAGCUCUCCGGUUGGAGCUUGAGGAAGCAAAUGGGCAUCUUUUGGGAUUCACAAGUGCUGACUCUGAGGCAUGUGCUCAACUUCAGGAGGCUUGCCAGGAAAUUGAUCACUUGGAGCUUCAAGCACGGGCAUCCUCGAGCGAGAUUAACAGACUCAAAGAAGAAAUCUCGACCCAGAAAAAUAAUUCGGCCAGUUAUAAUACUAUCCUUGCAGAGAAAAUUCAUAUCUCCAAUGAUCUCUCGACGCUACAGUCAGAGCUUGAGCAGCUAAGAGCGCAAAACUCAUCAUAUCAAGCCAUCAUUUCCGAGAGACAUGAGAUGGAACGGCAAAUAGACUCUCUGGAGCUUCGACUUGAGAAUGAAAAACAUGCCCAUGAACGUACUCAGGCCAAGGCAUCACAGCAAAUGGCAGAGAUUACCAAGCUUUCUGCUCGAGUUGAAGAGUUGCGGAAUGAACUAGCUGGAGAAUUGCGAGCCAAACAGCAGCAGAAACUGGACAGCUACAAUCAGAACUCAGCAUGGGCUAAUCAGCGGGCGACGUUUGAGGGAAAUAUUGAUUCACUCAAACAGCAAUUGCGGUCAACCAAGGACAAGCUCCAGGAAGCCCAGGUUGAAAUUCAGCAGCGAAGCAACCUCAUACCACACGCAGCAAAUGACUCUGAAUCCAGUUCUCGAACAGUCCCACUUCAGCGCCCUGGCCCGAGUGGCCAUGUCGGUGUGACUAUUGCAACUCCCGGGGCUGUACGUGUGCAAAAGAAAGCGAAGAGGGAUUCGGCUGUGCCUGGAGAUAAGUCGGCGUUUUCCAUCACUCCAUUCUUGAACCGCACAGGGGCACCUUCGAAUUCACCAAUGAGCUCAGUCGGAGACGAAGACGAGAUUCUUGGGGAUGUCGACACUCCUCGUGGACUACUUGGCAAGCAGAGCACUUUUGGGGAACCAAGGCGUAUCGGUUCUGCCCUCCGGCGCCAACUAUCUCCAACAGAAGACCGCAUUCCAAUCACAAAAUCCAUGAAAUCAAAGGCACGUGAUGGAUCAGUUCCCGUCUCAGCACUGGAAAACGAGUUCAAGAAACCAACGCACCAUUUAGAUCGCAGGGUGCCACCCACUGAAACUGAUGAACUACAUCAGCAAUUUGAGCAUGAACAGACCAAGCCGAGAAAACGCAAACUUGGAGGUCAGCGGGAUCGGGGUUUGUUUGAUGACGAGGACGAAGAAGAGCAACACCCCAACAAGAAAUUUGGGCGAAAACUCGCAAUAGGAAAUGUUCGGGCUUCAACAUUGGGGAGUAAAACACAAUCUAGUACCAGUCUACCACGUGCGCUAGGGCUUGGGGCAGCACCCGUGGGUUUCUCUCCUUUGAAAAAAGACCGCAGAAGAUUUUAA